AAGCAUGCUGUGCUAAAUACAGUGAAGAUGAGACAUGGUACAGAGCUGCAGUCACAAGUGUAUCAGGAGCAGACAUCAAAGUGAACUUUGUCGAUUAUGGAAAUGGUGAAGGGACAACUAUAGAAAACCUAAAAUGUAUCACUCCGGAACUGGCAGACACUAAACCACUCAGUAUCAAGUGUCAAGUUGUGGGAGCCAAGCGUACAGAUAGUGAAAAAUUUCUCGAUCUUGCCAUGGAGAAAGAAUUGACUUGUGAAUUUCUGUCUGACAGUGAACCCUAUCAGGUGAAACUAUUAGAAAAUGAUGAGGAUAUUACUGCCCAAUUUGCCUCUGAAGGUCAGGCAGAGACUGUUGAGAUUUUGAGGUAUCCUACCAUUGAUAUCCAAAAAGGUGUCAAAGAAUUGUGCUAUGUUAGUUUUGGACUUGGACCCGAAGAUUUUGUCAUUCAGCUCUCUAAGGAUACAAAUGCACUUGAUGAAGUAAUGGGUAAACUUGAGGAACAAUACAGAGCCCUUGGGCUUAAUGAGAGAGCAUUGACUACACCUGUUGUGGGACAAGCCUGCUGUGCUAAAUACAGUGAAGAUGAGACAUGGUACAGAGCUGCAGUCACAGGUGUAUCGGGAGCAGACAUCAAAGUGAACUUCAUUGACUAUGGAAAUGGUGAAACAACUACUAUAGACAACUUGAAAGCUUUAACACCUGAACUGACCACAACAAAGCCUCUCUGUGUAAAAUGCACAAUUGUGGGAGCCAAACACACUGAUGGUGAGAAAUUCCUUGAUCAAGUCAUGGAGAAAGAACUACUUUGUGAGUUCUUGUGUAGUGCUGAACCCUAUCAGGUGAAGCUCUUUGAAAAUAAUGAAGAAAUAAGUGCACAAUUUACCAAUGAAACACCUGUAGAUGAAGAUGUGUUUAAAGAUGCUCUGACUGAAUCUGAAAAAUCAGUUGUUCAAGAAGAAACUGUUCAGGAAGAAGAUACACCUCCUGCGACUCAGAAUUUGUCCAAGUAUGCUGAUCAUGAUAUUCCUACUGUGACAUCGCAGGUGUACAUAAGCCACGUAGAAUCAGCUAAUGAGUUCUAUGUUCAAUUAGCCAAUGUUGAGGAUGAACUUGCUAAUCUUGCUGAUGAAGUUCAAACAGGAGCAGGUGAUGUUCUAACAACAUACAAUGUCAAUCAGCCAUGUAUAGCUAAGUAUUCCGAAGAUGAUGCUUGGUACAGAGGGAAGAUCCAAGCCAUUGAUGGUGAUCAGGUCAAACUGUUGUUUGUGGACUAUGGAAAUGGAGAAACUGUCCCAAAGAGUAAAGUACAUGCCUUAAAGGAGCAAUUUCUUGCCUCACCACCCAUGUCAUAUGUGUGUAAACUAGCUGGUAAGGAGCAUUGGACUGAAGAGGACUCUGUUAAGUUUAAAGAAUUGACAAUGGACCAGGAGCUGGAAGUGACUUUCCUGCCAGCCACUGACCCUUGUGAAGUUCAUCUAAAGAAUGAUGUAGGAGAUAUCAGGGCUCAGAUAUGUAUCCCAGACUCCAGCUCCAGUGGUACUGAGGAUUUCCAAGAUGCCCAGGAGUCUAUUGAGAUGUCUCCUCCCAAAGCUCCAGUAUCCAAAGAAACAACAUCUGAUGAUUCAGACUUUCAGGAGUUCAAGACCUACAAACUGAGAAUGAAAGAGGAGAAUGAUGUUUAUGUUGCUCAUAUAGUCUCACCAAGUUUAUUCUGGUGCCAACUGGUAUCUGGUGAGGAGGCGAUUGCUGAUCUAAUGGCACAGAUUAGUGAACAUUGUAAUGGUGAGCCUACAGACCUUCUUGUCUAUGUUCCUGGACAGCCUUGUUUGGCUAAGUUCUCAGAAGAUGAAACCUGGUACAGGGCACAGAUCACUGAUGUUAAAGACGCGGGAGUAGUUGUCACAUUUGUAGAUUAUGGCAACUCUGAUACAAUCCCUGAGUCGAGUAUUAAAGCCAUUCCUGAUGAGUUCUUACAGCUUGAGGUCCAGGGAUUAGAAUGUGCUCUGUUUGGUGUCAAGGCUGCUGAGGAGUCAUGGAAUGAAAAACUUGUUGACAGGUUCUCUGAGAUAGUCCUGGAAAAGAUUGUUAGCAUGUGUGUUAACUUGGUUGGGGAUACAGAGGCUGAUCCUACUAACUCUAGUUAUGUUGUAACACUGAAGCUGGAUGAUGAGUCUGUUGCUAAUAAACUGAUAGAAACAGGACUGGCUGUAAGCAGCACCUCCCCCAGUUUGCCAUUGUUAAAAGCCCAAGAAAAGGUCAUUGGAGAUAGUAUCCCUAGUAAACAUGAGGAUGAGAAAAAUAGCAUCAGCCCAGAUCUAUCGAGAACUGAUGAAUCUUUCGCUGAUCUAGUUGCAAACAUCAGUGAGGAAUCGCAACUUCAACCCCCAGCGGACUACAAUAUAUUAGAAAUUAAAUGUGGAGUGAAACAGGAAGUUUAUGUAACUCACACUAUUAACCCAAGUCGAUUUUGGAUUCAAAUGAAAGCCCACGAAAAUGCUAUAACAGAAUUAACAACAGAGCUUCAAGACUUUUACACUGAGGGUGGGAUGGUUCUGGCAGCUGUUGUAAAGAACAGCCCAUGUGUUGCUAAAUCUGUUGAAGAUGACCAGUGGUACAGAGCUAUUGCUGUUUCAGUUGAGAACAAUAUUGAGGUCCAGUUUGUGGACUAUGGCAACAGUGAAGUAGUUAAACCAAAUAGCAUUAAAGCUAUUUCAGAAAAUUUCCUCGUCCUUCCAAUCCAAGGAAUUGAAUGUACAUUAUCUAAGAUCAGAUCCACAGGAGAGUCUACAGCAUGGGAUGAUACAGCAAUUGAGAAGUUCAUCGACAUCACAGCUGACAAGUCAUUACUCUGUGAGGUCAAGAGUGUAGCCGAUGAUAACAGCUGUAUUGUGACACUGUUAGACAUGGGGAUGGAUAUUGCCAGUAAGAUGAUUGAGGCAGAAGUUGCAAUUGAUGAUGCGACUCCUACAUAUGUGAAGAAAGAUCAAUCCCCAGACUUUGAGGAGGAACAAAAGGAAAAGAUAGUUGUGGAGAAGCCUGCACUUACUGUAGGUAGCAAGUGUAUUCCAGUGUACGUGUGCAGUGUAACAAACCCCAGUGACUUCUACUGUCAGAUAGAAACUUCUAGUGCUGAACUACCUCCUCUGCUUGAUCUCAUGCAUGAACAUUACUCUAAGCUGGAAUCUCAACAGGAUUGUUUAGUUGACCCAACACCUGGAGACUAUUGUGUGGCACAGUUUAGUAAAGAUGAGUCUUGGUACCGCGCCAAAGUCCAGUUAUCUGCACCAGAUUCCAUAGAUUUACUCUUCAUAGACUAUGGAAAUAAAGAAAAGGUCCAACAAGAUAAAGUUAAAGAACUGGUCCAGGAGUUCUCUGUGUUACCUCAGCAGGCUUUCAAGGCCCAGUUAGCUGAUGUGGAACCAUUGGGACAGGAAUGGGAUGAGGAAACAUGUACAAGAUUUGAAGAACUAACAUACAAUAAAGAUGACUUAAAAGCUGAUAUUAUUGAUGUAAAAGAUGUCAAUGGUGAACUUCAUGUGGUGCUAUGUAUAAAUGAAGAGGACAAAAGUGUGAGUGCUAGUCUAGCGGAAGGAGGUUAUGCUAAAAUGAUCACACCAUCAGUGGAGGAAAGCCCCAAAGAACUAUCUAUUCCCGCCAAUAACCUGCCAUCCUUAAGUGACAGUUUAGAUAUCCCUCCACCAAAAAGUCCAUUAGCUGAAGCAUUAUCAACAGUAGUCGUUGAUAGAAUUGUAACUGACAUUAUAACUGGAGCCAAAGAAGUAAUAUCUGGAAUGAAAUCAGAAGAAAAAUCAUCAGAUCCAUUGAGAAAACUAGCAGAGAACUAUGAAAACCCCCAAAUUGAUAUUGGAAAACGAACAAAUCUGAUAUUUGAAGACUGUAGUAUGGAAGGAAUCUUACAGUGCAGAUUAGCCGACUCUGACCUUGACCUAAAUAGACUCAUGGAUGAGAUAGCUGACCAUUGUGAAGAUAACAAAGACGAGAUUUCAUCCAUUGUCAUUGGAAUGCCAACAUUGGCACGUUCUGCGGAAGAUGACGGAUGGUACAGAGCUGUUAUUAUUGCAACUACAGAUGACCUGUAUCAGGUGAAACUAGUAGAUUACGGCAAAGUUGAAGAACUGGCAAAGUCUGCUCUGCGUCCUAUGCCAUUCUCAUUCCUGGAGCUCCCCAUACAGUGUAUCAGUUGUUCUCUUGCUGGUAUAAAUAUGACAUCAUGGACAGAAACUGCAACCAAACUGCUUACAGUUGAGUUUGGUGUGAAGAAGCUUAUAGGAGAAUUUGAGAACAAGACAGAAACUGGUUCUUACACAGUGUACCUCUACUCAACUGCUGAGGGUGACAGUAUGGAAUUGGAGAGUGUUAACCACUAUAUAGUCUCCAAAUGCCUCUGUGAAGUGAUUCCAGGCUCAAAGUUGGACAUCAGAGACGUUGAUGAGUUGAAGGAUGAUGAUGCUGACACAUCAGUGCUGGAGGCAAGUUUCCAGGAGGUAUGUCUGAAGAAAAGUAGCUCUUAUGGCAGUUUCAGUACUGAUGAUCUACAAGAUGACAGCUUUCAAGGUGUUGUGCCAUUUUUCUAUUCUACACCAGAAGUAAACCAAGGAGACACUCUCAACCUGCUUUAUGUGACCCUCACUGACCCUGACAAUAUAACUUGCCAACUGGCCUCUUCCCAGCACCAGCUAGAGGCCCUCAUGGAAGAUAUCAACACCAAACUUUCACAGGAAACCAUGGCACACAGUGUGAAGUCCCUGGAGCUAGGCCUGCCAGUGUGUGCUCAGUACAGUGAAGAUGGACGAUGGUAUAGAGCCCAAAUCCUUGCUGUUGAUAAAGAUGACACAAAAUGCGAUGAAGUAGAUCUCAUUUAUGUGGACUAUGGGAACCGAGAGACUGUCCCAAUGUCUAGGUUGCAUCGCAUGGAGGCAGAGUUCAUGAGUCUUCCUACACAAGCCUUAGAGCUGAGUCUGGCUGAGGUUAAACCUGUCUCAGAGGCAUGGGAUGAAGAGGUGAUCAGUGUGUUAGAAGCUGUUUGUCAGAGUGAAGAUACCAACAUAACACUAGAGGCAAAGGUUGUUGAGGUGGAAGAUGACAACAAAAUCAUUGCUCAUAUAACAACCAGUGGAGGAAUGAACUUGCGUGAUGUUUUGAUUGAGAAGAAACUUGGUUGUCCCCUGGAGACUUCUAGUGACACUGAGAGUGCCCCCAGCGAGGAGGGUGAGCUAUAUGAGGAGGACAAGUUCACGGAGGAGGAACCCAAUGUGCAGGCUGAACCAGCUAUAUCUAAUACUGAGGUGAUCCAAAAGACUCUGACAUUUGGGCAAACGCGUCAGAUAGACCAGGGUGAGGAUUACAUAGUGAAAAUAUGUCAUGUGGUAGACCCCAGUCAGCUAUGGUGUCAGGUUGCAGACACUGAUAGUACUAACAAGUUUCAGCAGUUAACUGAUCAGUUGCAAGCCUACUGCCCAUCUGCCCCUACUAUAGAUGGCAGCAGGGUCACAGAGGGUGAUGCUUGUUGUGCACGCUACUUGGACACUGAACAAUGGUACAGAACUAAGGUGCUGUCUGUGUUUGACUCUCUGGCCACACUGGAGUAUGUUGACUAUGGUUACACAGAGAGUUGUAGCAGUGAACAGUUGAGAGUGAUUUCAGAAGACCUGGUAGAAGAACAACCAUUCGCCCUCCAAUGUGCUCUGGCCAACAUUCAACCUGUGCAACAGGACUGGUCUGAUGAAGCAACUAGGGAGCUAGAGGCCCUCAAGGACAGAACCAUGUUACUUCAAUCAGUUGGUCUAGAAGAUGGCGUUCACAAGGUCCUUUUAACCAGCCAGGAUACAGGGCUUGGUGUUGCGGAGGCACUCUCCAAAAAAGGAUUGGUUUCAGUAACUGGAGUGGUAGAGGUGUCCAGUUCUGAUCAUGCUGAUGCCCCAAGGAAGGAUGUAGAAGAUGCAGUUGAUGCUAAAGAUUCCAAACGUGAUACCUCUGAGGAAAAACCAGCAGAUUGGAAAUCUGAUGACCAGUAA